AGGCAAGUUCGUCUCUCUCGGAGGAGGCAUCACUGACUGUCUUCUUCUUAUCUCUACGCUGCUCAAGCCUCAGGAGCUCCUUCCCUCGAUAAUACCAGUGUUCCUUUGGUCGAAACCAUUAUAUCCAAUCGCCGGUGUCACAUAUUUCGGGUAGCAGCGAGGUGUGGAUGCGCUUUCUCAUAAGAGUCGGAGAAACAAGUUAAUUUUGGCAGAGCGAGGGAAUUGAAAGAACUAAUGGAGCCUGUGGAGUUCCUCCUGCUACUGCUGCAGCUGAUAGCAGUGACUUCAGCAGCAAGCUAUCCAACGUUUCCGCUCCCUUCCACCUGCCCAAAAAGCUGUGGUAAUAUCAGCAUAGUGUACCCCUUCGGCGUCGGCGAUGGCUGCUUCCGUCCGGGCUUUGAACUCACCUGCAACCACACAACCUCUCCUCCUAAGCUUUUCUUGGGCGCCAGCAAUAUCGAAGUCAACAGGAGCAUUGACGCUGUGGAUGGCCGGGUUUACAUCAAAGCUGCAGUCAUUACCAUGGGCAUCGACGUCGGUUCUUCCUACACCCCAUUGAUGAAUCUAGGGAAUGGACCUUACAAUUUCCUUUUGCUGGACGUGUAUAGCAUUCCCUACUCAUACUCGUUCGGGUAUCACACGCUUUCGGUCAUCGGCUGCAGCGCUUUGGCCUCCAUAGUGAAUCCCACCGACGGGAAGAUCAUGGGGCAAUGCUUGACACUAUGCCCUGGCAAUGGCACGAGCCAGAUCGAUGAAGGAUUUCUGACAGGUUAUGGCAUCGGUCACUGCGAGAACUUUGUAUCUCCAUGGAGUGGCCAGGGGAAUAAUCUGACUAAGUCAUUAGGAAUUCGAUUAACGCGACUUAACCAGAGCGAGCUACAUUUGGUGAACGACUCCAGCAUCAAGGCCGUCAUGUCUUUCCAAUACUACACGAGAGAUGAACUCGAGGGGCUUAAUGGCGAUGUGGAGCUCCCCCUCGGGUGGUUCAUCAACGAUCGACCAUCCUGCGAAGAAGCACAGAAGAAGAAGGAGAGCUUCGCCUGUCUUAGCAGCAACAGUGAUUGCUAUGAUGCCUGGUCUUAUAACAAGUCUUCCGACACUGGAAUUGGAUAUAUCUGCAAAUGUUCCUCAAAUUUCCAUGGCAAUCCAUAUAUACCCGAUGGCUGCCAAGGCUCUUCUGUGACUCACCCUGCAACUAAUUGCGCGACAAAAUGUGGUGACAUCGAUGUGCCCUAUCCAUUUGGGCUCGAAGAAGGCUGCUACAGGGAUGAAUCGUUUGCUCUGACAUGCAACGACACAGCCACUCCUCCCAUUCUCCUCCUCAAUUUCAGCUAUUCCCUGGCUCCAGUGAGUAACAUACUCUUGGAACAAGGGCAAUUAGAACUCAGGAAAACUGAUGGCUACAUCUUCGAGAUCCCAUCUGACGCAGACAAGCCUUUCAUGUUCCUUAACGAAAGCGCCAUGUUUAGCUGGGUCAUCCAGUAUCAAUCCUGCGAGGAGGCGAUGCAGAACAGGACGACGUACGCAUGUCGCAGCGAUCAAAGCAUUUGUCUGAACGCAAACAUCACCAACUCUGUUGGCAUCCAUCUGGGAUAUCGCUGCAAAUGUACCGAUGGCUACGAAGGGAAUCCUUACGUUUCUGAUGGCUGUGAAGAUAUCGAUGAAUGCACGCGUCCGGAAAAAUAUCUGUGCAAAGCGCAUUGUGUUAAUGGCAUUGGCAAUUACAGUUGCAUUUGUCCAGAAGGCACAUAUGGCGAUCCCAUACAUGGAUUAUGUAUUGCAGACAAAAAGCAAAUUCUUGUGCUUGGUGUAAUCCUUGGUGUAAGCACCGGCGUGGGGGUUCUUCUUCUAGGUAUAAGCUUUGUCGUCAUUUCUCGGAGAUGGAGAAAAAGAAAACAAAAAGAGACUAGAAAAAGAUACUUUCGUCAGAAUCAUGGUUUGCUGCUACAGCAAUUGAUCUCAUCCGAUGCUGAUAUAGCUGAGAAGACGAAGAUAUUCUCCUUGAAAGAUUUAGAGAAAGCGACCAAUAAUUUUGAUGACACCCGAAUCGUCGGUCGUGGAGGACAUGGAAUGGUUUACAAGGGAAUUUUAUCCGAUCAAAGGGUGGCCGCCAUCAAAAAAUCAAAAAUCGUGAAGAAGAAAGAGAUCGAUCAGUUCAUAAACGAAGUUGCCCUUCUUUCUCAAAUCAACCAUAGACAUGUGGUUAAGCUUUUCGGAUGUUGUUUGGAGACUGAAGUCCCCCUGUUGGUCUACGAAUUUAUCUCGAACGGGACGCUUUCUGAUCAUCUGCAUAUGCCAAAUGGUGAUUCAUCAUUGUCUUGGGAAGAUCGUCUGAGAAUUGCCACAGAAACCGCAGGAACUCUUGCUUACUUACACUCAGCCGCUAGCAUCUCUAUUUUCCAUCGAGACGUCAAGUCAUCCAAUAUACUCUUAGAUGAUCAUCUUACUGUAAAAGUAUCAGAUUUCGGAGCUUCAAGAUUCAUUCCUCUCGAUCAAACUCAUAUAUCUACCGGCGUGCAAGGUACAUUUGGAUAUUUGGAUCCUGAAUACUACCAAACCGGUCAACUAACAGAGAAGAGUGAUGUUUAUAGCUUUGGAGUCAUCCUCGUUGAGCUUUUAACAGGCAAGAGAUCAAUUUUCCACGCCGAGGACGGAGAAAACAUGAAUUUGUCCAUGCAUUUUCUCCAAGCAGUAAGAGACGAUCGCCUCAUAGAAUUUCUUGAAGCUCGUGUUGUGAAAGAAGGGAUGGAAGAAGGGCUUCACGAAGUGAUCCAACUUGCACAGAUGUGUCUCCAACUAAAAGGAAAUGAUCGGCCCACGAUGAAAGAAGUAGAGUUUAGGUUGCAGAGCUUGAGAAGGAUCAAGAAGCAGAGAAGGAAUAAUUGGACCGAUAAAGGUCAUGCAGACUCCGAAUGCCUAAAUGCAGUUUCUACUUUUCUUGGAAAGAAUAUUUACAGUAAUUUGGAUAAUAGGGCAAUUCAAGAAGCGUCUAGAAAUUAUAGCUUGGAGAAAGAGAUGAUGUCGUCACUAAAUUACGCACGGUUGCCUAUAUCUGCAACCUAUUUCUCUCUACAAUUUGGCAAGUUCGUCCCUCUAGGAGUAGGCAUCAGUGACCGUCUUCUUCUGAUCUCUCUGCUGCUCAAGCCUCAGGAGCUCCUUCCCUCGAUAACGUCAGUGUGGAAGAGGAAAAUGGUCGGAUUAGGAGAGGGAAGAGGAGGGAUGGGGUUGGUCAAGAUUUUACUCUUUCUUCUGGCAUCCACAUCAAUGGGUUCAAUAAGAACAGAAAGUAGAUCAACAAACACAACUUUUCCUCUGCCUUUUUUCUGCCCAAAAAGUUGUGGGAGUAUAAGCUUCGAGUAUCCUUUCGGCAUCGGCGAUGGUUGUUUUCGGCCGGGCUUUAAUCUUACCUGCAGAAACCAUUCCACCAGCGCUCCCAGGCUUUUCCUGGGUGAUGGCACCAUCGAGGUGACGAGAAUUGAUAUGAACCAGGGGUUGGCAUAUAUCAAACCACCAACUGUCGUCAUGGGUGUCGACGAUGAGUUUAAACGCGCCUCACUGAUUGAUCUGGAGAAUUGGCCUUACUCUUUGUACUUGGAGGAACAGAUGAUACGUAAUGCUUAUCAAGGAUUGACAUCUAACAGAGUUUACGUUGUGGGUUGUAGCGCUAUGGCCAGUCUAGUGGAUCUUACCACCAAUAAAUCCAUCAGCACUCGUUUUAGUUUCUGCGCUGUCAGUGAUCCGAAUCAAUAUUCAGAGUGGUCCGACAGUAAUGAAGAAUAUUUCACAUUAAAUCUAUAUUCUGUGAGUACAACUGCCAUGGAGGUUCAGCUAACUCGAUUCAGUCAAACUGAGUUACACUCGGUGAAUACCUCUAGCAUCAAGGCCAUCAUAUUCAAUGGUGAUAAUGAUUCCGAUCUCGAAGGAGUAUUAAACGGAAGUAGAACGAAUGUAGAGGCCACCCUGGUAUGGUACAUGAAUGAUCAUCUUUCAUGUGAAGAGGCCAUGAAUACGGAUACAUACGCUUGCCUCAGUCAAAAUAGUUUCUGCCAUGGUGCCUUUCUUGAUCCGUUCCACUCCAUUAAUAGCGUUGGAUAUUUGUGUCGAUGUUCCUUGGGUUAUCAAGGCAAUCCCUAUGUACUUAACGGCUGUCAAGAAAAUUCUUUUACAUCUGUUGCUGCUACUGCUGCUGCAAACGGCUGUGUUACCAAAUGCGGGAGUAUCGACGUCUUGUUUCCAUUUGGGCUGGAGGAGGGCUGUAAUAGGGACGACUCAUUUGCUCUGACAUGCAAUGCCACAUCCAAUCCUCCCACUCUCCUUUACCAAGAUGAAUACACAGUCACUAAUAUAUCGCUGGAGGAAGGCCAAUUGGAAGUCGAGUCAAAAGACGGCACCUUCGCAACGGGAAAUAGCAAUAAACCUUUCAUCGUUCUUAAACAGCAGACCAUCGUUAGUUGGAUGAUCGAGUUCCAGCAUUGCGAGGUUGCUAAGAAGAACAUGAGCACCUUCGCAUGUGUCGACGCUCACAGCUCAUGUAUCGACACAACAAUUACUAACGACGGUGGCAAGUUUGUGGGAUACCGUUGCAAAUGCUGGCAAGGUUACCAAGGAAAUCCUUACGUGGCUAAUGGAUGCACAGACAUCAAUGAGUGCAACUCUCCCGAGAAAUAUCUUUGCUAUGGGAAUUGUACUAACACGGAUGGCGGAUAUACUUGCACUUGUGCGGUGGGCACAUCUGUUGAUCCGAAACUUGCACCCUGCAUUCCUAACAACAAAAACCAGACUCUUCUGUUAGGUGUCAUCAUUGGUGCAAGCACCGGCAUAGGCCUAUUACUCUUAUGUUCGAGUCUCCUCAUCCUGAGAAGGAAAUGGAAAAAAAGAAAACAAAAGAAAACUAGAGAAAAAUACUUCCAUCAGAAUCAUGGUUUACUGCUACAACAAUUAAUCUCGUCUACUGAAGAUAUUAGUGAGAGAACAAAGAUAUUUUCUCUGGAAGAGAUGGAGAAGGCAACUAAUAAUUUUGAUGAGACUCGAGUGCUCGGCCGCGGCGGACAUGGAACGGUUUACAAAGGAAUUUUGUCGGAUCAACGUGUAGUCGCCGUCAAAAAAUCUAAAUAUGUGAAACAAAGUGAGAUAAACCAGUUCAUCAACGAGGUUGCAGUUCUUUCUCAGAUUAAUCACAGGAAUAUUGUUAAGCUUUUCGGGUGUUGCUUGGAAACUGAAGUUCCCUUGUUGAUCUAUGAGUUUAUCUCGAAUGGGACUCUUUUAGAUCAUCUCCAUAUUCCAGAAGGUAACUCUAUAUUAUCAUGGGAUGAUCGCCUGAGGAUUGCUGUUGAGGCUGCCGGAGCGCUCGCUUAUUUACACUCGGCUGCUUCAAUUUCGAUAUUUCAUAGAGAUGUCAAAUCAUCAAAUGUUCUCUUAGAUGAUCAUUUAACGGCUAAAAUAUCAGAUUUUGGAUCUUCAAGACUUAUUCCACUCGACCAAACUCAUUUACUCACUGCUGUACAAGGCACCUUUGGAUAUCUUGACCCGGAGUACUAUCAGACCAGUCAGUUGACGGAGAAGAGCGAUGUUUAUAGCUUCGGAGUCAUUCUUCUAGAGCUUUUAACAGGUAAAAAGCCAAUUUUCUCCACCGAAUAUGAAGACAGACUGAAUCUAUCGAUGCAUUUUCAUCAAACGGUGAGAGCGAAUCGUCCCUUUGAUCUUAUAGAUGAUCUUGUUAUGAAAGAAGCAACCGAAGAAGAGCUCAUCGACAUGAUUGGAUUGGUAGAAAUGUGUUUAAGAUUGAAAGGGGUUAAACGGCCUACGAUGAAAGAGGUGGAGUAUAAAUUACAGAACUUGAGAAGGAUCAGACUGAAAAAAACAGGACAUUGUUUGGUUAAAGGUGACGAAGAAACCGAGCAUCUGCAGAGAGACUCACCUUAUGGCUUCUCUGAAGUCGUCGACCAAGCAAAUCAAGGUACAUCCAGGAAUUAUACCUUAGAGAAAGAAUUUAUGUGGUCGCAUCAUUACCCACGGUGAGUUUGUAUUCGACGCCCAAAUCUUUAUUGGCUGCUUGAAUGAUACUGAAUAAGCUUCCUUCUGCUUGAGGAUCGUAUGUAAUGGUUAUAUGGGUAAUGUUAUGUUUCAAACUUGUUGCUAAGACAGUUU